AUGCCUUCCCCAAUAUAUAUUGGACUACCAAGAGUCUAUUCCACCAAGAGCAAGGGCAAUAAAUGCGUGCCCCCACCCAAUGAUUUCCUCAUCGGGACAUGGCAGGUAACCCACUCCAGCCUCCCGCUAUGGAAAGACAAGCGAAAUGUCAACGUCACCUACGAGCUACUCCCGGUCGAUAAGUCGGGUGUCUAUAAGAUCGAUGAUCUGGUCAAAUUUCAAUCUAAAACGUCGGAGAAAGUCUCCUCUAUUCAUGGUGUUGAUACCCCGACCCCUGGCGAUCCAGGUGCUUGGGAUUGGCGAGGCAAGGGUUGGUUGAAGCUUGCGAGCACGCACUGGGAGUGUCUUGGUUUUGGUCAUACGGAUGAUAAUAAUAAGUGGAUUGUGACAUACUUCGCCAAGACGCUUUUCACUCCUGCUGGUAUUGAUAUCUAUUCGAGGAAUAAAGAAGGGCUUCCUCAGAGUUCGGUCCAGGAGAUUCUCAAAGCUCUCGAGGAGCAUCGUGUUGUUGAGAUUACGGAUCUUGCGGACAGUGUUUUCCAGGUUCCGCAUAAUUAA